AUGGGUUCUAGCACGAGAAAGAAGAAGGAAAAGGCCAAGGACUUUGCGAAACCAAAGUUCAAGGUCGGAAAGGCCAAGGCCAAGCCUACCAACUUCACAGACACAAGUUUCAAGGCAAAGUCCAUUGCUAUGGGCCACCAGAAGCUCUCAACUGAAGCCCCCGAUAACGCUACUCAAUUCAAGCACAACCUCUCAUUAGCCUCUACAUCAAGAGCAGAUAAGCAGCGCAAAGAAUCUCUGGCCCAUUUGACAAGCCAGGUGCUGGCAGAAAAUAACCCCGUCGGAACCGCAACGGUGCUAAGCAAACUCCUGCCCCUGAUCUCAGACGCCUCAGGUCCUGUUCGCAGCCAGCUGCUGAAGCUGUUCCGGGCCCUGCCCGAGGCAGAGGUCAAGCAUCACGCCGAAAAGUGCAUCAUGUACACCCGCGCAGGAAUGACUCACCUCUCUGCCGACAUCAGCAACGACUCACUAUCCGUUCUCGAGUGGCUCCUGGAUGUCGCGGAAGACGAGACCGUCAGCUGCCCCGGCGGUUGGGUCAAGACUCUCAACAGCUUCUGCGCGCUGAUGGGCUGGACCGUGAAGACGAGCUCGGGGUGGUCGACCGCCCCCAAGACGGGUCUCCGCACAAAGGACGCACAGUCGCACGCGAGGCAGGUCGCCGUGCUGGCUAGGUUUAUGCAGGCCGGACUCAAGCCCGAGGUUGCGGGGCCGAGUAACCCCAACGCCUAUGCGGACAAUAUGUACCGGGUGCCCCGGACGCCGAAUCCUUUUGCGUACCUCAACCUUUUUGGGACCCGCCGGGACGAGGAAGCGGAGAUGUAUAAUGACCGCGAGUCACGGCAACGGGUUUUCCACAGGAGGUUCAUGGAUUCGUUCCAGCGAGGCGUGGAGCAGUCUAAGAAAGAGGGCGGUACCAUCGGUCGUUCGGCCGUUGCAUUGGAUCAGGCCUUGACCGAAGGUAUGAGCGGGUACGAGGCGACGUCUGCUGUUGAGCCUCAAGAUCUCCUUGAUCUGUGGUGA